AUGUUGUUUGAUCUACAAUUGGAAUUCAAGACGCUCUGUAUUCGCCUUGAUGGAGUAAAAUAUCGAAACUUGUUGUGGAACCAGAUAUCCAGGUAUUUGGGAUUUGUUGAGUGUCUCAACAUCUCGUCUAGUUUUGAUAUUGAUUUUACACUAGUUUUCACUUCAUGGCCACAAGAAAUUGUGAUCAUGCGUUCCGCUUGGUUCACUCUAAAAUCUCUCUUGGCGUGUGCUUCUUUUAUAAUUACACUUUACGAUUCUUAUCUGGAAAACAAGGAUAUGGAUGAGAUACUCAAGAAUUGGAAGACUGGAGGGUUACCAAAUCUGAAACGUCUGGCGAUUGAUAGUCUUAGCUUCAAAGACAAUGGAGAACAUAUUUUGGGAAUGAAUUGGAGCGAAUUAGACGGGAUGGUUAUCAAAGCUGAUGAUGGAUUAAAAAUGGCAACUAUUCAACUUCGCCCCCAUCGUAUUGAAAUGUCUGUGACUCCAUUUGAAUGA